AUGUCUGGGUGUGGAAGAGAGGUGUUCCCCAGAACCAAGGACGCUAAAACACCACAAACACUCGACAAGCGUGGCAAAGAAGGAGGAGGGUUCUGCCUGCUCGGCGAAUCAGGACUCGGCCUCGUUGACUGCAGGCUCUCCUCUCCGGUUGGCUGUGAAUCCACCAAUCAGAAGACAAGCGAGCCUGUGACGGGGAAGGCGAUGUCGUUCCAAGCACCCAGUUGCCUGGCCGCUACACAGACGUUCCUCGUAGCAGCAGAAACACCUGGCUUGCUUUGCAACGAGAACUUGGUCGUUCUCGCCGCCGUGCUGGCCGCCGCCGCAGCCGCCCCCGCCCCCGCCCCCGGCUUCCUGGGAGGCACCGCCUUCGCCGCCCCUCUGGCCUACAGCGGCCCCCUGGCCUACAGCGCCCCCCUGGCCUACAGCGCCCCCCUGGCCUACGCCGCCCCCGCCUUGCACGCCGCCCCCCUGGCCCUCGCCGCCCCCGCCGUGAUCAAGACCACGUACGCCGCCCCCGCCAUCGUCAAGACCUACCACGCCGCCCCCCUGGCGCUGUCGGCGCACUCCAUCUGGUGA